AUGCAAGACCAUGACGUGGAGGUGGAGGCGUGCCGCGACGACGACGAUGACAACAACGACGACACGAGCAACAAUAACACCGAUGUCGUGAACAAUGCCGAACUGCUGCCGGUCGAGGAAGCUAAUUCUCUGUCUGAAGAUAAAGAUACUGUGUCAUCGAGGAAGGGUCUCUCCCCGGACGAAAAGAGGGCUGGUUUGAUUGUUCUCGGAUGUUUCCUCUUUCAAGAGGUUGACAGCAGUGUCUUCCGUGCAGUCUUUGUGGCAUCUCUCGCGGCGUACGCGCUGUCGAGGUGUUACGUUGCGUGCCGUGAAGGAGAGGAAUCGGGGAAGUUGUUGGAGAAGGCGGAUUGA